AUGGAUUUCCUGGUGGAUGGGAACCACACUGCAGUGACAGAGUUCAUUUUAUUGGGCUUAACAGAAGAUCCUACGCUUCGGGUCGUCCUCUUCAUGGUCAUCCUGUGCCUCUAUCUGGUGACCAUAUCUGGCAAUCUCAGCACAAUCAUCCUGAUCAGAAUCUCUUCUCAGCUCCAUCAUCCUAUGUAUUUUUUCCUGAGCCACUUGGCUUUGGCUGACAUAGGCUAUUCAUCCUCUGUCACACCAAAUAUGCUUGCAAACUUCCUGGUGGAGACAAAUACAAUCUCCUAUCUUGGAUGUGGGAUCCAACUUGGAUCAGCUGUUUUCUUUGGGUCAGUUGAUUGCUGUCUUCUGGCUGCCAUGGCCUAUGAUCGCUUUGUAGCAAUCUGCAGCCCACUGCUUUAUUCAACUAAAAUGUCCAAACGAGUCUGUGAUCAGUUAUUACUUAUGGCUUAUGUAGGUGGUUUUCUUGAUGCUUCCUCCUUUACCAUUUCCUUCUUUUCUUUGUUCUUCUGUGGACCUAAUUGUGUCAAUCAUUUUUUCUGUGAUUUUGCUCCUCUAGUUGAACUUUCCUGUUCUGAUGUCAGUAUCCCUGCAGUGCUCCCCUCAUUUUCUGCUGGCUCCAUCAUUGUGGUCACAGUGAUUGUCAUAGCUGUCUCCUACAUCUACAUCCUCAUCACCAUCCUGAAGAUGCACUCCACUGAGGGCCGCCACAAGGCCUUCUCCACCUGCACCUCCCACCUCACUGCAGUCACUCUGUUCUAUGGGACCGUUACAUUCACUCAUGUGAUGCCCAAGUCCAGCUACUCUACUGACCAGAACAAGGUGGUGUCUGUGGUGUACAUGGUGGUGAUCCCCAUGUUGAACCCCCUCAUCUACAGUCUCAGGAGUAAUGAGAUUAAGGCUGCUCUGAAGCAGCAGCUUGGUAGAAAAAUAUUUUCUUAGCAAAACCUCUUAUUUUGUAGCGUUUGAUGUAAUAAUAUACUAUUAAUGUAAUAUUAAAAGAAAUUUGAUUCCUGUGGGCCAAAUAUAUCUGCAUAUAAUUAGCCAGUAUGAGGCUUCAUAGUAUACAAGGGGUUGGAUCUUCAGAUGGUAAAUCAAAGAAAAUAGUGAGUUAACUUUAAUAAAUUAAAUUAAAUUUAGAAAUAAGAAACACAAAUUGAUUCACAGGAAAAAAAUCUUAAUCUGCUGAAAAUCUUUUUUAAGUUUUAUUCAUAGAUUAUUUUUCAAAACCAGUUCUAAGUCAUAAAUCAAGUUUAUCAGGCCUCCAGGUCUUUAAUGCUGUGUUCAUUUUCAACAGCUGAUUAUGCUGAGGUGAGCCUGAUAACCAUAGUUAUGCCCUGACUGAGUACAUUCUGAAGGGAAAUAACAAAUUGGAACAAGAUAGUAAAAUUGCUAAAGACAUGGUGCUUAUAGAAAGCUUAUCUGUAGGGGUUGGUAUCCGUGCACUUAUAAAAUUCUAGCCUAUGUUUUUGGGUUCUGACUAUG